AAAUAAGAGAUGGACAAAUUGAAAUCCAAGCACAAAUUCCGUCCUGCCUACACUAUGAGUGGGUUAUUUAGUAGCAAUCGUUCUACCAAUCCAGUCCAGAUAACAGUCCAAAAAGAGCGUGUGCGUAUCGAGGUUCUGAAAGGUGACUUGUGCCAGGAGACAACCGAUGCGAUUGUGAAUAUAACCAGCAAAGAUAUGAAUAUGGAGACUGCAGGAGCCUUGAGCAAGGCAGUGAAACUAGCAAGUGGUCCUGAAGUGGAGACUGAGUGCAAUCAAUUUGGACAACAGUCGGGUGGAUCAGCAGUAAUCACCAGCGGUGGGAAUUUGCCGGCACGUUACAUCAUUCACAUGAUCCCAGACUCUGCGAGAAAGGAUCAUCUGCAGCAGUGCGUGGAAAGAUGCCUUCGUCUUGCAGAAACAAAAGGUCUUCAAUCCAUUUCUAUCCCAGCAAUUGGAACGGGAGCAUUCGGUUUGUCUGCUGUAGACUCUGCCAAUCUGAUAUUUCAAGCUCUUGGCAACGUUAGCGGAAGCUUCAAUACCGUUCGUAAAGUCAGGAUUGUGGUCUUCCAACCUCAAAUGCUGCAGUCAUUUCAGCAGGAGCACCAGAGGCACUCCUCAUAUUCUAGUAAAGGCACGACGUCACCCAUUGGUAAGGAUCGCCGCCUUAGUGUGGAAGUCAUAAAUGGUGAUCUUACUCAAGAGAAGACCGACGCCAUCAUGAAUAUCAACAGCACAGAUAUGAACAUGAAUAACGCUGGCGAAUUAAGUAAAGCGAUAGCAACCAAAAGCGGGCCACAGGUGCAGCAAGAGUGUAACCAGCUGGGAAAGCAGUCUGCUGGCUCAGCUUUGAUGACCAGUGGUGGGAACUUAAAUGUUCGUCACAUCAUUCACAUAAUUCCAGGCUCUUCCGAUAAACAACAUCUUCAACAAUGUCUGGAACAUGGUCUUCUUGUUGCAGAUACAAACAACCUUCCAUCGAUCUCAAUUCCAAGUGUUGGUACCGGUGGAUAUGUGGCAGCUGUAAAAGUGUUCGCAAAGUGA